CCAGCAACGGCGACGAUCUGGCCAUCGCCGAGAGCACCCAGAGCCUCCGCCGCCCGCACCGAUGUCGUCAGACGCAGCCUUGGUUCCAAAGACGCCUCCCAGAGCAGCGAACAAGAACCGCCUGUGCAGAAACAUCAUCAUCCACGGCUUCUGUAAAUACGAGAAUAAAGGAUGCGAAUUCAACCAUAACAAGAACGGCUCGGCUCAGUCCGGGGUUUCGGAAGCAACCAGCGCCAUGACAAAGCUUCGGGUUGACUCGCCGGUGUUCACCCCGACCAAGACCGGCAACGAUUCCACAAUCAACAACCUCUCCUUUUCUCAGAGGGCAUCCGCCUCUCCGACACCGACCCUGGACCCAGGCGCAGAUGGUCAGCGCUUGUAUAACGGGAUGGACAGCAUCAACCCGUACGCCAUGCAAAAGCCUGUUGGCGUCGCGGACCACCCGAUGCUCAGCCACCACCCAUCGCAUGGCCUCUUGAAAUCCGUUCCGAGUGAUAUGCAAAAUCCAUAUUACCAACCAAACCCUAUGGACGGCAUGAUGUUUCAGCAGCAGCAGCAAGUGGGCAUGACAUCGGCGCACGAGCCUCUUCAAUACCAUCUGUAUGCGCCGCCGCUGCCCCAUGUGAGCAGCCUGCCUCCGCACCAGAAGACCAUCCAUGCCUUUUUCAUGUCCGAUAAGCUGCGCGAGGAUCUGCAGCGGCGGACCGAGGCCACGCUGGUUUCAAUCGACCCAACUUCGCCCGAGGCUGCGCAGUACCCGGCCGAGGUGCAUGUCUACAACAACCUCUAUCCGCUGGAUGAGAACAAGGAAAAGAACACCAAGGUUUUUGGACUUCCGACAUCGGUCUAUCGGUCGACGUCAUCAGUCGACGGCAAAUCCUAUUGUCUGCGGCGGGUCGAGGGGUUCCGCCUGACCAACGAGGCCGCCAUGUCCAACAUCGAUGUUUGGAGACGGAUUCGCAGUGCCAACAUCGUGUCGCUGCGUGAAGCCUUCACCACGCGUGUCUUUGGAGACCACUCUCUUGUAUUUGUGUACGAUUUCCACCCCUUGGCACAGACCCUGUACCAGGUUUACUUUGCGCCGUAUCCUCAUGGCGGCCCCGGCUUGCCCGAGAGAGUUCUCUGGAGCUACGUUGUUCAGCUGGUCUCUUGCCUGAAAACCAUCCAUGGCGCUGGACUGGCAGCCCGGGUGAUUGAGCCAAGCAAAAUCCUCAUCACCGGCAAGAAUCGCAUCCGACUGAAUUGCUGCGGCAUGUUCGACACGCUGACUUAUGACGGCACGCGGUCUUCGGUGCAGCACCAACAGGAGGACCUGCUUCAUCUGGGCCAACUCAUCGUAGCGCUCUGCUGUGGUGCCCUUGGUGCUGUCCACAACCUGGCGCAAUCUGUCGAGUACAUUGGCCGCCAAUAUUCGGCCGAUGUACGGAACGUCAUCAUGUACUUGCUCUCAAAGCCCACGACUUUCAAGAGCAUCGAUGACGUCAUAACUAUGAUGGGCCCGCGUCUCCUGACCGAGAUCAACAGCGCAUACUACUACAACGAUAUACUGGAAAACGAGCUGACUCGGGAGCUCGAAAACGGCCGACUGUUCCGGCUGCUAUGCAAAGCCGGGUUCAUCAACGAACGGCCAGAAUUCGAUAUGGACGCAAGCUGGUCGGAGACAGGAGACCGAUAUCUUCUCAAGCUCUUCCGGGACUAUGUGUUCCAUCAAGUGGACGAAAAGGGGAAUCCGAUCCUGGACCUGGCACAUAUCGUCCAGUGUUUAAAUAAGCUGGAUGUCGGUGUUGAUGAAAAGGUGAUGCUGAUGAGCCGAGACGAGCAGUCAUGUCUGAUCGUUACAUACAAGGACCUCCACCAGUGCAUGGAGAAUGCCUUCCAAGAGCUGCUCAAAAGUAAAUACAAUUAGUGCUGAACAACGGCUUCGUCAGCUGCUGAGGGCCGGCUGUGGUGCGAGUGCUUCGGGACUGGGCUGACCAUCAAAAUUCUGUUGCGGGCACGGAGAGCUUUGUCUUGAAUACACCGGGUCGAUCUCCCGUGGCGAUGAUCGAUUGC